GCACCUGGGCUUGUGGGUGUUGUGGAGGGACUGGGUUAGACUGGAGGACAGACUGGGUUAGAGACAGAGGCACAGACAAAGCAAGGUAGAGUCAGAAAGACAUGGUCUUGAGUCCUGGAUCCCAUGCUAAUUGGCCGUAUGACAUUAAACAUAUUGCUUAAUCACUCUGAGCCUCAGUUUCCUCAUCUGUAAAAUGGGGAUGAUAAUAUUAGCUGCUUCAUAAGGGCACUGUGAGGAUCCAAUGAGAAAAUGUAAGCAUUUAGCUCUGUCUGGUACCUUAGUAGCUUAGUAGAUCCUUAGUAAGUGGUGAAUAUAAUGACAAUUAUUGCUGGACAGAGAAACAAACCUCAAGAGACACAAAGAGACAGAGACUAAGCCUCAUGUCCUGUGGGGAGAUAUGGCUGAGGCUCGAAGAAAUAAUAACAAUAAUUAUUAUUAUACUAAAAGGGUAAUAAUAAUAGUAAUGAUAAUAAUAGUAAGCUGUACCCUUUGGGGGGGCAUCUAUCCUAAGGUAGGCCUGUGGAAGGGGCCUUCCUUUUAGUAUCUCAUGAAAUUCUUACAGUAGCCUGUGAAGGAACUGGCUCAGCAAGAACCACAAAUACCAGUCCUGAGAACUCUGCCCAGAUCUGUCCUCCCAGGCCUGCAACCUGUACGCAGAGCCCCACUGGCCGGUCACCGUCUGCUGCCUACCGGUCACUUGCCCCGAGGCGUCCUUCGCCAGACUCCUCAUGUCCUGUCCUGAGAUGCCUGGCCUCCACUGCCCUUGGCCACUGUCCCAUCCGCUUGGGGAGGAGGCGGGAGAAGCAGAGAGACUGGCUAGGAGGGAAGGCCAGUGGGAACAUCUGGAGGUUCAGCUGAGGAGGUGGCUGGCCAUGGCUGCCCCCUUGCCCUGAGGAGGUCUGGGCCUUGGCCUGAGGCCACAGGCAUGCAGCGUGGGGCGGCAGAGCACUGUGGCGGAGCACGAGCUCCUGUGAGGCUGGGGAGAGCCACAUGGAGAGGAGGGACACACACAAAGACAGAAAACAAGGGCCUAACCUCGUAAACAGCGGCAGCCCAGGAGCCGUGAAGCCAUUGCCUGAGGAGGCAGCUGUUGGGCUCAGGGAGAAGGCGCAGGAAGGAGGCAGAAUGAGGGCCAGAGAGGAGGAGGAGAAGAGCCUGGCCUGGCCUGUCUCUAUGAAAUGCUGGGCCCCGUGCUUUACUCUGCUGUGGCUGGUGGCGGAGGAUAUGUGGGGGGAGGAGUCAGGCCAGCUCUGGGGGCAGCAGAAACCAGGGGAGCUGCUGCAGCCACAGACUUCCCUUCCUUGGCUAUGUCUGGAGCUUGGAGGAUGAGUCCUUGGGCAGGGGGCUGGGCCCCAGCAGGACAAAGCAGACAAGUGGGGUACAUCCGUGAGCUUCAGGUGUGCGGCUCUAGGUGGAACCAAACAAAGAAUACCCCUAAGUCCAAGGAAAAGGCCCCAUUCUCCAGACUUGGACCUAAGGCCCCUCAGAAGCUGAAAUAUGGGAUGUGGCCUAGCAGCCCCCAAUCUUUGGUGCCUAUGCUGUGUCCUUCUCUUCCCAGGAGCCCCUGAGACCCGCUAUGUCUCAGCCAGACCCAGGCUGCCGGCUCCCCGGGCACAGCUGGGCUGCAAUGCGCCCAAUGGCCACAGGGUGGCGGCCACACCCCAUGCCAAGUUCAGAGGCUGGGGUACGUCUCCCCGGCUUCCCAGACCUCCAUCCAAGCCCACCUGCGGCUCACUCACCCCCAGCCUUUGGCUCCAACAGGAGUUUGGCUGUUGGACAAGCCUGGGGCCUGGGCUUUCCCCAGCCCCAACACACUCCGCUGCUCCCUACCCUGUGGUUACCACAAACCCAGCCACUGCUUUCCCUCUCAGGUCAGACAUACCCCCUCCCCACCCAAGGAAUCCUAAAAAAGCAAGGCCAGGAUCUCGCACAAGAAAAAGACAGGCCAUGGCCCAGACGGGAGCAAAGAUUUGCUGGAGGCCACAGAAUGAGUUACGGCCACUCUCUCUUCCCUCCCUCUGAAGUUCUCUUUCCACCACUUCAGUUAGCCUCUAAUUUCCAAGGGGAGUUCCAGGGCCAAGGGCCUUCAUCCCAGAGAUGCCAAGCAGAGAGGGGCCUGGGAGUUUGGAAGGAUUGCACUUCAGUCCACAGCAGCCUAGGUCUGCACUCAGACCCCACCCCCACCGGCUCCAAGAGAAGGACCUGGAAUUCUAGCCACUUCACAGCAUUUGUGUUCUGGGCGGAACCUGCUGUGGCUGGGUUCCGCUUGGGUGCUGAGUCCCGUCCCUGUACCCCAUUCCCGGCCCCAGGCCAUGCCCUAGGUAGGUGGCAGGCCACUCAGCCUGCCCUGAGAGGUGACAGUGGGAGAUGAGGGGGAAAGCCGGGUCUUCACUUCCACCCUGCCCACCAGCUGCCCACUGGGUGAGCUUGGCCAAGCCGGUGGCCUCCUGGGUGCCCAUUUCUCUUCCCGGUCCUAUCACUGCCUACCCAAGAGAAAAGAUGUUCUUCCCAGUUUGUACCUUCCCUAGUUACUGGCUGAGGGGGCCAGGGACGAUUAGCCAAGAUAGGCACUCCUUCCCAGCUCCGCACCAGCCCCAGGUUCUGGUGCCACUGACAUCCCAGCUCUGCAGGGGCCCAGACAUCCUCAGACAACCGACUCCUGACACAAGCCAUCCCACCUGGGUGAGGCCUGACCUGCAGCACUGGCCUGAGUCAUGGGGGAUGGACUCACUGCAGAAGCAAGAUCUCCGGAGGCCCAAGAUCCACGGGGCGGUCCGGGGGUCCCCCUACCAGCCGCCCACACUGGCCUACCUCCAGCGCUUGCUGUGGGUCCGUCGGGCUGCCAUGCUGAGCCACGUCAAUGAGGUCUGGCCCAACCUCUUCCUAGGAGAUGCAUAUGCAGCCAGGGACAAGAGCAAGCUGGCCCAGCUGGGCAUCACCCAUGUCGUGAAUGUCGCUGCAGGCAAGUUUCAAGUGGACACAGGUGCCAAGUUUUACCGUGGAAUGCCCUUGGAGUACUAUGGCAUUGAGGCUGAUGACAACCCCUUCUUCGACCUCAGUGUCUACUUUCUACCUGUUGCUCGAUACAUCCGAACUGCCCUCAGUGUUCCCCAGGGCCGUGUGCUGGUACACUGUGCUAUGGGGGUGAGCCGCUCUGCUACAGUUGUCCUGGCCUUCCUUAUGAUCUGCGAGAACAUGACCCUGGUGGAGGCCAUCCAGACGGUGCAGGCCCACCGUGAUAUCUGCCCCAACUCGGGCUUCCUCCGGCAGCUCCAGGUUCUGGACAACCGACUGGGGCGGGAGACAGGGCGACUCUGACUAGGUGAGCAGCCGGGAGCCCUGACCCUCUAGCCAGCAUGGCCUAACCCAGCCAGCCUGGCCCUGGGGACAGCAGCCUUUGCUGUUUCCAAAGACCUUGAGGUAUAAAUAGCAAGUGGGGGUUUAGCUGAGGCAGAAGCAGGGAGAACUGAGUGGUGACCUUUAGCAGGUGGAUUUCGCUGACCCAAUCCAGAGAUUCUUUAUACAAAAGAGAGUUCAGUCUGUCUCUAUAAUAAAAGGUUCAUCAUAAUAAA